UAGAUGAUAUUGAUGCAUUUAUUCUUCAACUUGAAGGAAAAAAACAUUGGCGUGUUUAUAAACCACUUAAUGAUGAUGAAGUUUUACCAUUAAAAUCCAGUGGUGAUUUAGAUAAAAAUGUUCUCAAUGGUAUUAAACCAUGUAUUGAUGUUGUACUUGAAGCAGGUGAUCUUCUUUAUAUGCCACGUGGUUAUAUUCAUCAAGGAACUACUCUUGAUGAUGCUCAUUCAUUACAUCUUACUGUUAGUUGUUAUCAACAAAAUACAUGGGGAGAUCUAUUCAAAAUUCUUUUACCUAAAGCAGUCGAUUACGCUAUGAAAACGAAUGUUAAAUUUCGUCAAGGUUUACCAUUAGGUCAUCUCAAUCAUUUUGGCCUUAUUCAUAGUACAAAAAAAUUAUCGAUGAAAAAACGUGCUAAAUUUCAUAGUGAAUGUCAUCGAUUACUUGAUGAAUUACUUCGUGAAAGUGUUCCUAUACAAAUGGAUAAUAGUGUUGAUAUGAUGGCUCAAAGAUUUAUGCAUGAUGCUUUACCACCUAUGUUAACAGCUGAAGAACAAUUAACAACGAUUCAAGAACAAGGUGAACGAUGGAAUAGUGAUUUUAAUCGUGUUAGUAAUGUUGUUGAACUUGAGCCUGAUACACGUGUACGUCUUUUACGUCGUCAUUGUUUACGUGUUGCUGAACAAGAUACAAAUGAAGGAGGAGAGGAUGAUGAUGAAGAUAAUAUUGUUGCUUAUUAUACGACAGAUAAUGCUCGAAGUUAUCAUGAUCGACCAUUAUCAACACUCGGUGUCGAUAAAGAAACAUUACCUGCACUUGAAAUGCUUUUUACAACUUAUCCACAAUUUCUUAGUAUUGAUUCUUUACCAUUAGCAACAGUUGAAGAUAAAAUUGCGUUUAUAUCAACUUUAUAUGAAAAAGGUCUUGUUCGAACGCAAUUUGAACUUCAGAAUUCAGAUGAAGAAGGAGAUGAAUCAGAUACUGAAGAUGAAGAUGGACUUAUGUUAAAACGUCAAAAAGUUCAAAAUGAAUCAUCUGACGAUGACGAUGACGACGACGAAGAUGAUGAUGAUGAAGAUGAAGAAUAA